UGUAUGCGUCCCCGUCCCGCCCAUUUAAUUUAGUCUCACUGACAGGAAAAGAUACAAGAUGGCGGCGGCAGACGGAGACGAUUCCUUAUACCCUAUUGCCGUGCUAAUUGAUGAACUGCGCAACGAGGAUGUGCAGCUUCGUCUUAACAGCAUCAAGAAGCUUUCUACUAUUGCAUUGGCUUUGGGAGUUGAACGAACACGCAGUGAACUUCUUCCAUUCCUGACUGAUACAAUUUAUGAUGAAGAUGAAGUACUUUUGGCUUUGGCUGAACAGCUGGGGACCUUUACUACACUGGUUGGUGGACCAGAAUUUGUGCAUUGCCUUUUGCCUCCACUUGAAAGUCUGGCAACCGUUGAGGAGACUGUGGUGAGGGACAAAGCAGUCGAAUCUCUUCGUGCAAUUUCUCAUGAGCACUCGCCCUCAGACCUUGAAGCACACUUUGUACCUCUGGUAAAACGUCUGGCCAGCGGGGAUUGGUUCACUUCCCGCACCUCUGCUUGCGGCCUUUUCAGUGUAUGCUAUCCAAGGGUAUCCAGCACUGUAAAGGCUGAACUUAGGCAACAUUUUCGAAAUCUGUGCUCAGAUGACACUCCAAUGGUUAGGCGAGCAGCUGCUUCCAAAUUGGGUGAAUUUGCAAAAGUCUUGGAGCUAGAAAAUGUGAAGAGUGAAAUAAUUCCUAUGUUUUCUAAUCUUGCAUCUGAUGAACAGGAUUCUGUACGUCUGCUGGCAGUAGAAGCCUGUGUGAACAUAGCUCAGCUUCUACCACAGGAAGAGCUGGAACCGUUGGUUAUGCCUAUUCUGCGUCAGGCAGCUGAGGACAAGUCGUGGCGUGUACGGUACAUGGUAGCAGACAAGUUUACAGAGCUCCAGAAAGCUGUUGGAGCUGAAAUUACAAAAACGGACUUGGUUCCUGCUUUCCAAAAUUUAAUGAAAGAUUGUGAAGCUGAAGUACGAGCUGCUGCUUCCCACAAGGUCAAAGAAUUUUCUGAGAAUCUGUCAGCUGACUGCCGUGAAAAUGUUAUAAUGACCCAGAUAUUACCCUGCGUCAAGGAGCUUGUUUCUGAUGCUAAUCAACAUGUGAAAUCUGCACUGGCUUCUGUCAUAAUGGGUCUUUCUCCUAUUCUUGGUAAAGACAACACAAUUGAACAUCUCCUUCCUCUGUUCCUUGCACAGCUAAAAGAUGAGUGUCCAGAAGUGCGGCUUAACAUUAUAUCAAAUCUUGACUGUGUCAAUGAGGUCAUUGGCAUCCGGCAGCUUUCCCAGUCACUUCUUCCUGCAAUUGUGGAGCUAGCAGAAGAUGCCAAGUGGCGUGUACGGUUGGCUAUCAUUGAAUACAUGCCUCUUCUUGCUGGGCAGCUGGGGGUGGAUUUUUUCGAUGAAAAGUUGAAUUCCUUGUGCAUGGCAUGGUUGGUGGAUCAUGUUUAUGCCAUUAGGGAGGCAGCCACAAGUAAUUUGAAGAAACUGGUGGAGAAAUUUGGUAAAGACUGGGCUCAGGCCACCAUAAUCCCCAAAGUGCUGGCGAUGUCCAAUGAUCCAAACUACCUUCACAGGAUGACUACAUUAUUCUGCAUAAAUGUUCUUUCAGAAGUUUGUGGCCAGGAGAUUACUACAAAACACAUGUUGCCUACAGUUGUUAGAAUGGCUGGUGAUGCUGUUGCUAAUGUGAGAUUUAAUGUGGCUAAGUCUCUUCAGAAGAUUGGACCCAUACUUGACAACAGCACCCUGCAAAAUGAAGUGAAACCAGUACUUGAGAAGUUAACCCAAGACCAAGAUGUAGAUGUAAAGUAUUUUGCACAGGAAGCGCUUACAGUUUUGGCUUUGGCGUAAGGAUACAAGCUAUCUGGCACUCAACUAUCACCAGAACAUCCUGAUUCCACGCACGAAAUCCUGCUAGUGUUUAUUCUCAUGGCUAAACACUGAAAGCUACCUUUAAGUCCCACCUUGCUCAGUGGUGUCUUGUUUUCCCUUUUUCUCUAAUGCUGAACAUUGAUAACAUGUACAUUUGUUAUCUGAUGUGGCUUUAAACACCAACGUGCAGUUUUUAUAUCCCACUGAAUGGGGGAGGGAAGGUAACACAUUUGUAGGGCUGUUUGAUUACUAUCCUAUUGUGUAUUGAGAUUCAUUGUGGAAAUACAGGUUUUUGUCUCAAUAUAGCUAUUCCCAUAUUAAGUCCCUGUUUAAUUCUAUAUUUUUUUAUAUUCAUUCAUGCAUUGGAAACGCACUAGUUGAACACUAAAUUAUGUCCAUAUUGCAGUAAUGUUGUGGAUUUCAAACCGCUAUUAGAAUCCCAUGAAAGUAUAGUACUGCUACAUGCUGUAUUACUUUUUUGUACUAUAUGCGUUAUCUUUUUACUUGCUUAAUUAUCUAAACUUCUUUCCUUUUUAUCACUGGAACGGUGAACCCUUUGUAAAUGGUUCGGGACCCAUGCUUUUGGUCUUAAAAGGAAAUACAGAAAUACUCCCCAAAAGGCCUUGAACGCAAAGCUUUGUGAAGCUAUAUUAUCACUGUUAAAACAUUGUUUAAACCAAUAUGCAUGAAUUUACGUUUUUAAAAAAGAUUUUGAAAGUAUCUUUCAGAUAAAUGCAAAAGUCCUGGUUUGUACAGUGCUCAUAAUAGGUAUUAAAGUUUAAUAAAUCUGA